AUGGCGCAGAUGCCCUCGGGCCAAGUAGGAGCCUUCUUGAAGCUCUGGGUGGUAAUCGAUCCCGACUCGAAGGCGCGCGAGCUUGCAUCUGCGGCACGUGUCAACGCUGACGGCCUUGUGAAAUAUGACCGGCUCACAACCGCGAUCUAG